AUGUCUGAUCAGGACCUGGUGGAAAUGUUGCAGAUUGCAGUUGAAGACUUGAGUCAAGAUCAUCCUGUGGCCCUUGAAAACCAUGAUGAAACUGAUGAUGCAGAUAAACCUGAAAGAAAACGUCAGCGAUUAGAAAUCAGCUGCCUGGACACUCUGAUCAAGUCUCUGUUAUACUCGAUCAACCAGACUGUCUGUCUGCGUCUGGACAAUAUCGAGACCAAGCUUCAAACUGUAGAAGCAACAUGUAAAUCCCUGGAGGAGAAGUUGGACAUACUAGUGAACAAAAACCACGGACCAAUUCAGGUGCCUAUGGUGGCUGGAUCUCCUCUAGGAGCAACACAGACCUGGAAUAAAGUCAGAUGUGUGGUGCCACAGACUAACGUGAUUGUGAGUAACGAUCGACCGAAGAUGACUGGGCAGGAGGAUUUAAUACCUAGAGCAGCAGACUCCCUGGAAAAUCUUCUUAGCAAUACUGUUCCUGGACGUAGACAAAACACCAUCCUGGUUAAAGUUCCAGGACCAGAAGACAGCCAUAAUGAGGAUGUUGAGAGCGGGUCCGAAACAAGUGACUCCGUAUCUAACAGUGGCCAAACCUCAGGGCAGUCAGUUGGAAACAAUGUUACCCUUAUCACGCUCAAUUCUGAAGAGGAUUUUCCCAAUGGCACUUGGCUUGGUGAUGAAAAUAAUCCUGAAAUGCGGGUUCGAUGUCCUAUUUCUGAAUCAGACAUGCUUCACAUAAGUUCAAAUUGCCGUACAGCUGAGAAAAUGGCUCUGACUCUUCUGGACUACCUAUUUCAUCGAGAAAUUCAAGCUGUGUCAAAUCUAUCAGGGCAGAGCAAGCAUGGGAAAAAGCAACUAGACCCCCUCAUGAUCUAUGGAAUUCGAUGCCACUUAUUUUACAAGUUUGGCAUCACAGAAUCAGACUGGUAUCGAAUCAAACAAAGCAUUGACUCUAAAUGUCGUACUGCCUGGCGCCGGAAACAGAGAGGACAAAGUCUGGCAGUGAAAAGCUUCUCUAGGAGAACGCCAGAUUCUUCCUCAUUCUGCACCUCAGAGGGCAUCCAGAGUAAUGUUUCAUCUCCAACAGAAGCCCAGCAGGCCCAGCAGACCUUACACUAUGCUCUAGCCAAUGCACAGCACGUCCAAAUUCAUCGUAUUGGUGAAGAUGGUCAGGUCCAAAUGAUUCUUCCAGGACACCUGCAUUUUACCCAGGUACCUCAAGGAGAACAAGUUCAGAUUGCACAGGAUAGUGAGGGAAAUCUACAGAUUCAUCAACUUCAUGUAGACCAGGAUUGUCAGGUUCUUCGUGGUACACAGUUGAUUGCAGUGGCCUCGGGUGAUCCAAAUGCUGCUGCAGUAGAAGAGACCCCUCUCCAAACGAAUGAUAUCCAAGUCCAGUAUGUGCAGUUAGCACCGGUAACUGACCAACACACUGCCUCAGUUCAAAGCCCUCAUCUCUUUACUCAAUUAUCUCCUCCUAAUCUUGAUGAAACAAGAAAACAGAAAAACAACAGCUGGUGCCAGAAGUGGGACUGGAGUUAGUGAACAAAUUACAGUAUAGGAAGAAAGAGAAAGUUACCAUUGUAACUUUGUAAGUUGAGCAUGGAUGAAUCUGCGUCUGCUGUAUAAGAGAUCUUUGAAUUUUAAGGAUUCUACAGUCAGGUCUGGUUCAUGACUGCAGCAUCAUCUUGAGUUUGUUUUGAAUCAAAUGUACUGUCAAAAGUACAAGAAUGAAUGAGAGCAGAUGCCAGCCACAGCAAUGCAGCCACUGAGCACAUAUAAGCAAGAGGAGGGAAUGAAAACAGAAGACAUAACAGAAGAAAGCACAAAUCAGUAAAAGCCUGGCAUAAAAUGUGGUCAUGGUAAACUGAUUUUUUAAAAUUAUUUUACAUUAAAAACAGACUGUUUAUAUUGCUUUAUCAGCUAUAA